AAGAUUGCAACAUAGCAUUUGGUAGGGGAGGACCCGUGAACCCGGCGGUAGGAGUGAAAACGCAACAGCGGAAAGUUUACUGUGAGACAGGUCAGCGGAAGUGGAGCUCUAGUGAAGUCAGUGUGCGCAACAGGUGUUAGUUCUUCGUAUGGUUGUUGUGUGACUCCUUUUUUUAAAGCUACGAAGUGGUUUGGAUAGUGAGAGUAAAAGUUUUUUUCUCGGUUAGAAGAGUAACAACAUGUCAAAUCUCCGACCCCGACUGUGUGUGCUGGAGAAAGGAUCCAGCGGCUACGGGUUCCACCUGCACGGAGAGAAGGGCAAGACGGGGCAGUUUAUCAGGCUCGUGGAGCCGAACCCCGCCUCUACAGCGGGACUCUUCGCGGGCGACCGUCUGGUAUUCGUGAAUGGAGAGAGCGUAGAGGGCGAGAGCCAUCAGCAAGUGGUGGCCAGGAUACGGGCCACCAUCGGGGCUCUAGAGCUUAUAGUGGUGGACGCCGAAACGACUGAGCUUCUGAUGAAACACAACCUGCAGUGUCGGAAAGAGUUCGUCACGGAGGGGAUUCCCCUGCCCGGCGGGGACAGCGACUCAGACCGCGGGGACGCACAGAGCAACGGCACCCCGAGGGAGUCCAGCCCUGUCCCGCGGGAGAACGGGGAUGCCUCGUCGGAGAGGUCGGACAGGCUGAGUGUUAGCUCCAGCUCCAAGGAGGAGAGAGGCGGGCCGCGCCCUCGCCUCUGCCACAUGAAGAAGGGAGCCAGCGGCUACGGCUUCAACCUGCACAGUGAGAAGUCCAAACCAGGCCAGUUCAUCAGAGCCGUGGACGAGGACUCUCCGGCACAGAGGGCCGGCCUCAGACCACAGGACAAGAUCAUCCAGGUGAACGGUGUGUCGAUGAUUGGCAAGCAGCACUCAGAGGUGGUGGCAGCCAUCAAAGCGGGAGGAGACGAGACCACUAUGCUGGUGGUCGAUGCCGAGACUGAAGAAUUCUUCAAGAGAUGCAACGUCCUGCCCACCGAGGAACAUGUCACUGCUGUCCCUUUAAUGUCCCUCAGUGUGGACGUUGUGCUCAGUGCUGUUUGUGCUGUUUGUUCUGUUUGGCAGGCGGUAGCCGAGAGGAACCCCAAAGUGUCUGUGAGCUCGUCAGCCUCCAGUGCCUCGUCCAACGCCUCCCUGCCAGCAGCCGCCAGCAGCUCCUCCCCUCCAGAGGUUGAGAGGGCCCCGGAGCCGGCCCCAGCAGCCGGAGGCCUGGGUCUGAGCAUGUCACUGGCCCAGGCCAAAGAGAGAGCCCGUCAGAAACGAGCCGCCAAGAAAGCCCCGACCAUGGACUGGAGCAAGAGGAACGAACUGUUCAGCAACUUGUAAACGACAUCGUCUUCAUCUUCAUCUUCAUCAUCAGGUCCACCACUCCCAGACCGCCUGUACCGCCCUGUGUCUGUCCUCUGGCUUUAGUUUUUACGUUGCCACACUGAAUGACAAAGACACAGUGUUCAUUUAGAACAUUAUAAACUCCCCUGUUAAACAGUAUUAUAUGAUGAUUUUAUUUGUUUUAAUUUAGGGUCUUGCCACUUUUCUUUCAUGUUUAAAUGAUGCCGGAGUCACACAGGAAUGAAUGUUAAUAUAUUAAAAAGAA